CAUUACUGUUUAUAAAUAAACCAGAGGGCACGGUCCUUGACUUCACGUGUCUCCCGUUCUCACGCUUGGUGAAAUCUCGUGCUGGGGUUUCUGUUCUUGCUUACUCGAAUCUGAGUGUCAGCUCUUGAGCAUAUAGAGGAGUAAAGAAGCAAUCAAGUGUAACCCGGAAAGUCAAGAGUUCAUGUCUGAUCUCGACGUUCAGAUUCCCACUACUUUUGAUCCUUUUGCUGAGGCAAAUGCUGAUGACUCUGGUGCUGGAAGCAAGGAGUAUGUGCAUGUGCGCGUACAGCAGCGCAACGGUAGGAAGAGUCUGACAACUGUGCAGGGAUUGAAGAAAGAGUUUAGCUACAGCAAGAUCCUCAAGGAUCUCAAGAAGGAGUUCUGCUGUAAUGGUACUGUUGUCCAGGAUCCAGAGUUGGGCCAGGUCAUUCAACUCCAAGGUGAUCAGAGGAAGAACGUUUCAACUUUCCUUGUUCAGGCGGGCAUUGUGAAGAAGGAACACAUCAAAAUCCAUGGUUUCUAAGUAAUUACCUGCAAAGAAGUCACCACGAUAGAAGACUGUGAUACAGCAACUAGCAGCUUUUAGAUAUAUUAGGUUUUCUAGUAAAUGCUUGAACUUGCCAGUUUCUGAGUUUGCAGUGGAGUUUCUGAGGUUGUAAUACAAUGCUUGAAUUUACCGGACCUUCAGUAGUUUAUGCUAGAACUUUGCGUUCCAGAUUAUGUUCCCUGCCAGUUUCGUAGUGUUGCUCAAAUUUCUAGUUCUUAAUUGUUUUUUUUCGUCAAGGUCGUUUUUUUUAACCCAAUGUCACAGUGAGAUGGUGAUUUAGUGGAGCAAAGGUAAUUUGUAGAGGAUGUCUUGGUCAUGAUGCUAUCUGGCAUUGCUGAUUGGCGAGCUCUCCCGCUAUCAUCAAAUUAUCAUUGAUGUGAUCCCCUAUUUGUGAUUUCUCACUGGUGUUGCUAUGCUAGUUGGAUGGUUACCGAAGAUGUUGAGGUUUGGAAUCUCUGGAUGAUUAUUAAGGGUGUUAGCUCCAGGCUCAAUCUUCAACAAAUGCUGUCAAUUUAACAGUUCUAUUGUGGCAGCCAAGUAUUGGGAAUGGUAAUGCAAUGUGAACGUUUGUUAGGAAGCUCAUACAAGGUAACAUUGAGGACUUGUACCUCCUGGUGAAUGGAGAAUCACAAUGCUGCUAUGUUUUUGAGGAUUAUCGAGUGGAUUUAUUUAUUCCUCA